GGUCACACAGGUUUGUAGAAGACACAGUUCAACUGAGAAAACCUACAACGUGACAAUGAAGAUCACUGUGUUUCUCCUGUUGCUGCUGGUCUGCUCUGACUCCACGGCUCAGACUACACCGGAGGCAGAUAAGGAAAUUCAGCAGCCUCUUCCACAGGACAUCCGUGAUUUGCUGAAAGAGCUGGCUGCCUCAUUGGCUCAACAGAAAGUGGAGAUAACGUUCUUGAAAAUAGAGAAUCAAGCACAAGAAGCAAAGCUGGAGAAGCAGGAGACUGAGAUUACCAAACUGAAGCAACAGGUGGAAGUCAAACAGGUGGCUUUCACAGUCUCUCUCUCGGCUGAAGGUGAGAUCACUGUCGGACCCUUUGACACACUCAGCACUCUGAUCUUCAAACACGUCGUCACAAACAUUGGAAAUGCCUACAACCAAAACACAGGUAUGUUCACUGCACCUGUGAGAGGAGCGUACCACUUCGAGUGGUACAUAGGUGCACAUGGAUUUGUCACAGCUGCUGUGUUGGUCAAGAACACAGAGCAAAUUUUUCUUGCUUAUGAGCAACAGUCGUCCGGUUAUGGGACUUCUUCUAGUGGUGCUACACUUCUUCUAGAGGCUGGAGACACUGUGUUUUUGCAGCUGUGGCCUCAAACAAAGAUGUAUGACAACCGACAUCACCACACCACCUUCAGUGGACGUCUGCUUUUCACAAUGUGAGAAGGAAACAGUUCAUGAUGUCUGAUAAUGAUGAAGGUUUGUCUUGCAGUGAUUAAUUCUCUGAUUAUCUUGGAAAUCUGUACCAAUGUAAAUGUCUUUACCUGCUUCAUGUACAAACUGAAUGACAAAGAGAUUCAAUAAUCAAAACAAGAAUGUUUGAAAAUUAAAAUAUUCAGAUUUUUUUUUUAUCUGUGUCUGGAUCCAGAUCUGCAUCAAAAUACACAGGAUGACUGACAAUAAUGGUUGUACGGGUAUAAAGUGAUUACUUUUUCAUGUCAUUUCAAUUAAAGAAUAAACAUUUCAUCAUAUCUUCA